AUGAGUUCACCAUUGGGCUCUGUAGCUUGUCUACUUCCUGCAGAAAAUCUUCGCUGCAUUCCUCUGAACCUCAUUCAAAGUCACACCCUUACCAUACCUCCUGUUAUCGAGCUCUUUUUCUCCCUGUUUUUGAUUUAUACGACCUGGAGAUCGAGGAGAGAGCACCUAUUGCUAGCCGCAGAUGGUGUUUUUUAUUUUAUCUUGGCGUUUGUCGACCAGUUAUUGCAUGUAUUACCCGCUGCGCGGAAUUCGGUUGCCACUUCUAGAGCGGCCGAACUAUUCCUUGGAUCUGUUUCUUUUGUUCCUAUGCUGUCAUACACUUCCUAUCUAGCCUGGCUGAGUCAUAGGGAAUUUAUUCCCUACCUCCCUCGCCGUCACCAACCUGUAGCCAAAUAUCUAUUCACCGGUCUAAUUCCCGUGAUUGGAGUGUUGGAUUUCGCAGCAUCGCUCGGAAUGUCUAUCGAAAAUUUAUCCUUGCCACAGGCCCCGCUCAUGAUCGACUUCACCAACAAAAACGAAUCGCUAUGGCUGAGUCUCUGCCAGCUGUCACUUGCACUGUAUACGAACUAUCAAUGUCUAACAGCCUUCCUCGCGUUGUACCGGCUUUGUACAGCCUUGUUCGAUCAACUGCGCAUCGACACCAAUAAUACCGACGAACGCCAUUUUUUCAACGGCACUGGGUGGAUUGCUUUCGGCAUCAAAGUAGGAGCUGUUGAAGGCAUUAUUGGAUUUGCAGCGGGCGGUUUCGCUAUUCCACUUUCCAGACGAAUCCUACGACUGAUUUCCAGGGUUUGCAUGAUUGUUGGCAUACUGAAGGGAAUGGACGAAAAUGAAAACUUUGAGUUCCUCAACAAGGAGCUGGUCUUGUGGCGUCGUGGCAAGCCUAUAUCGACCUCCCACUCGCUCAUAGCCAAUCGACGUAUGACCAUACGGUCUUCACAAAUCCCAGACCCGACUCGCGAAUCCUCUUUAAUUGAAAAGGAUGUGGAACGGGGCGAGGCAGAUCAACGGGUAACAGUACACGAUGAAGUUGGCGAGCCGCCGGUCUUGCACACAGGCAUGCGCUUUUCCGCACUCCCUCCUCCCGAACGGGUUAUCCAUGCAGAUGAAUUGCGGAGGCGAUCUGACCAGAACGCAUCUGCAGAAGUGCUUACAUCUCACAAUGAUGUCAGGCGCCAGUCUGCGCAGACUAUCUUCGACGAUGCACGCGUUGUCCUUGAACUGACCCCUGACUUCCCCCCCGGCCUGACUAGCACGUACCCCCAGUCUAUGCUCAGUCAAGGACGCGGGGAUGACAAGUUAGAGCUUCCAGCUCUUGGCCGACAGAGCACGCGUCGUAAUACUGCACAGUCAUGUGGCAAAGAGGACGCAGCUAUCGAAUAUGCAGCGCUCUAUGCUAGCGAAUUCAUGGAACACAAACCCAAAUUUCCACUUAUAUCCAUUCCGCAGUCCGCGCAUGCGCGCGUGGAAGGAUCCAUGCCGGCAUGGACAAGACCUGUAUCACAACAGCACAGCGGAAAAUACCCGAUCCGUUUUCCCUCCAGACCAACACGGGCAAGAAUCACUAUACAUGCCCCUACCGCCCAGCCAGAAGGCGAGAGCUCGGACUCACUGAAACGCCGCAAUAGACAGCUGUCAUCCCUUCACUUGCUUGAGCGUGCGAGCAAAUCCCACAGUGAUGUCACUACGCAUUCUUCACAGUGGUCAACCGUCGCACGUUCCAAAUCGCCUGCGAGUAUCAGGAUGUAUGAUGGUGGAAUGGUAAUCAAUCCACGACGUGCAUCUACUCAUCCUGGCGAUUUGAUGUCCCCAUCGAGCGCAGAAACCUUGCGCGACGGUAGGCUGCAGAUUGUCAUCGAUCGGAUGCAUAUUACAUCUGCGGACGCUGUCAUACACGAAUUCGAGAGUCAGGCAGCGCUCAACCUCAACCGAGAGAAAGCUUUGCGGAGACUGAAUGGGGAAGUAGGUGUAUGA